AUGGCCGUCUCAAGGGUGUUCUCACGGAGUUACCUUCUCUGCGGUGCGAGCGCUUCGUGCAUACGCGCCACUCGCUCAGCAAUCCCAUCAAUCACUUCGUCAUUGCCAAGGAGAAGCUUCACUUCCAGUAUAUCAGCAUGGGAGGAUAUCAUUCAAACACCCUCAAGAGGUCCAGAGAUCGCUCUCACAGAUAAUCGUACCGCUUCAGCCGGUAACACAGCAAAUUCCAUUUGUUUGCUAAAGUUAUCGAAGCGACUAUCAAGAGGCGACAUUGAGAAGCUUUUGCAGGAAGAUGGCUUCAACAUAAAGAAGAUACAAAUGCGAGUGGAUCGCUUCACAUUCCAGAAUGACACCAUGUGCUUUGUGGAGCUAGGAAGCUCUGAAGAAGCCCAGAGAGCGGUCAAAAAGCUUAACCAUGCAACAUUACAGAACAAAAGCAUUGUAGUCAAGCCUUUGAAAAGCGACUUUUACUGGGAGCCUGAGCCGACGUCAAAAAACUCGCUCUAUGGAUCUCGCUUCUUCAACAACGCAGGCGACGAUGCUGCGCAAGAGGCUCUCCGCCCCUUGGCCGAAGGACGCCGAAUGAUUCUUUCAGUCAAAACACCCGGCUGGACGCCUAAUGCCAAAAUCAGCGAAGCCAGACAAAACGCACAUAAGAUCAUUGAGGAAAACUUUGGCCAAUACGGUAUUGAGAGGCUCAGCGAUAUGUCAGUCUUCUUUGGCGACAAAAAGGAAAACCCACGCCUGCUGGGCUGGAUCGACUUCAAGACGAAAGAAGGUGCUGAGCAAGCGGCUGCGGAGAAGCAUGAUACGGAAAUCAAUGGCCGUCUCGUGUGGCUACGAGACUCUAACCCCUCCAAGUGGAGAGUACAGCAAUACUGGAAGUCUGCCCCGCAGUUGGUACAAGAUAUGCAGGAGAAAGGUAUGCUGUCGAAGGAAAUGUACGAAGACAAGUUUGUCACUCCACUCCCGAAGAACAAAUCCAAUUAG